AUGUGCGCGUGUGACUACUGGUGUCCCUGCUCCGCUUCCCGCUUGUCCUGCGAGUGUUCCCCCGGCCCCAGCCCAGCGCGGCCGCCGGCCAAGCCGCCCGAGGAUGAGCCGGACGCCGACGGCUACGAGUCCGACGACUGCACCGCCCUGGGCACGCUGGACUUCAGCCUGCUGUACGACCAGGAGAACAACGCCCUUCACUGCACCAUCAGCAAGGCCAAGCCAGGCCCCCUGGUGCUCACCUGUACCCUGACCCUUUGCCCUCCUCACCUGUGGCCCUGCACCUGGGCCAGCAUCAUCAGCUCUGUGUUCUCACCCAUGCUGUUCCCUUCGUCCCCCACACCACAUGGCUCCCUCUGGGAGGAAGGUGCCAAAGUUGAUGUUCUCUCGCAAGGGGCUGCCCAGGGCUCUGUGCCCAACCAGAGGGACAAGCUGCCUGGUGCCAUCCCAGGCUGUGCCCCCAACCCCACCUGGGCCACCAGAGCUGGCCUGCAUGGGCAGCUAUGGGCACUGUCCACAGUGAACCAAGCCCAGAUUGGGCACCAGGAGGCCAGCACACUCCCGGCCCUCUCCUCUGGAUACCUGAAGCCAGACAUGGACAAGAAAUCCAAACAUAAGACAGCGGUGAAGAAGAAAACGCUGAACCCAGAGUUCAACGAGGAGUUCUGUUACGAGAUUAAGCAUGGGGACCUGGCCAAGAAGACCCUGGAGGUCACCGUUUGGGAUUAUGACAUUGGAAAAUCCAACGACUUCAUUGGUGGCGUGGUUCUGGGCAUCAACGCCAAGGGCGAGCGCCUGAAGCACUGGUUCGACUGCCUGAAGAACAAGGACAAGCGGAUCGAGCGCUGGCACACACUGACCAACGAACUCCCAGGGGCCGUGCUCAGCGACUGA